GCAGAAUCAUGAAGUCACUGCCACUCACUCUGUCACGCAGUUUCAGAGAAAUGAAACUUUACUCCGCCUCUUUCAGAGAAAAUAAAUGUAAUUGUCAGAGAAACACAGAUAAACUCCAUCUCUGUCAGUGUGAGCAGUGAAAUGGCUGAGGCCAAUAUCUCGGUGGAUCAGGACCAGUUCAGCUGUUCAAUCUGUCUGGAUCUUCUGAAGGAUCCGGUGACUAUUCACUGUGGACACAGUUACUGUAUGGGCUGCAUUAAGGACUGCUGGGAUCAGGAUGAUCAUAUUGGUGUUUACAGCUGUCCCCAGUGCAGUCAGACCUUCACCCCAAGGCCUGUUCUGGGCAGAAACACCAUGCUGGCUGAAGUGGUGGAGAAACUGAAGAAGACAGGACUCCAAGCUGCUCCUCUUGCUCACUGUUACGCUGGACCUGGAGAUGUGGUGUGUGAUCUCUGUACUGGGAGAAAGCGCAAAGCCAUCAAGUCCUGUCUGGUGUGUCUGGCAUCUUACUGUGAAAUUCACCUCCAGACUCACUAUGAAUCUCCUCCUCUUAAGAAACACAAACUGGUCAAAGCCACUGGAAACCUGCAGGAGAAGAUCUGCUCUAAUCAUGACAAACUGUUGGAGGUUUUCUGUCGUAGUGAUCAGCAGUGUAUCUGUCUGCUGUGUGUGAUGGAUGAACACAGAAGCCAUGAUACAGUCUCAGUGGUAGCAGAAAGGAAUGAGAAACAGAAGCAGCUGGGGGUGACACAGAGUAAAUUCCAGCAGAGAAUCCAGGAGAGAGAGAAGGAGCUGCAGGAUCUGAGACAGGCUGUGCAGUCACUCAAGCGCUCUGCACAGACAGCAGUGGAGGACAGUGAGAGGAUUUUUACUGAGAUGAUCCACUCCAUUGAGAGAAGGCGCUCUGAGGUGAAAGAGCUGAUCAGAGAUCGGGAGAAGGCUAAAGUUAGUCGGGCUGAAGGACUCCUGGAGCGACUGGAGCAGGAGAUUGCUGAGCUGAGGAGGAGAGAGGCUGAGCUGGAGCAGCUUUCACACACAGAGGAUCACAUCCAUUUCCUCCAGAGCUGUCAGUCCCUCUGUGCCCCUCCUGGACCUGGAGACUUACUCAGCAUCACUGUCAGUCCAAACGUUUCUUUUGAGGCUGUGAGGAAAUCUCUCUCUGAACUGAAAGAGCGACUGGAGGAUGUUUUCAAGGCGGAGUUCAAAGUUUGUGGAAGAGAUGGCUGUCAGCUCACACUAGACCCCAACACAGCGCACAGAAACCUCCGUCUGUCUGAGGGGAACAGAGUGGUGACCUGUGUGAGAGAGAUCCAGUCAUAUCCUGAUCAUCGAGAGAGAUUUAAGUACUGCCCCCAAGUGUUGUGCAGAGAGGGUGUGUCUGAACGCUGUUACUGGGAGGCUGAGUGGAGUGGGCGUGUGGUUUCUAUAGCAGUGUCAUAUAAAGAGAUCAGCAGGAAAGGGCUGGGUAAUGUCUGUGGAAUGGGAUGUAAUAACAAGUCCUGGAGUUUGUUCUGCACUCCCUCCAGUUACUAUUUCUGGCACAAUAAUGAGAGAACUGAAAUCCCUGUUCCCUCCUCCUCCAGAAUAGGUGUGUACCUGGAUCACAGGGCAGGAACUCUGUCCUUCUACAGCGUCUCUGACACAAUGACCCUCCUGCACAGAGUCCAGACCACAUUCACUCAGCCCCUCUAUCUUGGGUUUUGGGUUUGGUGUGGGUCCUCUGUAAAACUGUGUGAUCUGGGAUGAGGUAGAGAGUGAAGGGAAGAUCAGCUGUAAUUAAAGAGAUGGAAAAGCACCAAAAUGAGACAGAAAAGGAAUUACAUGACACUAAAUAUGUUAAUUCAGUUGAUUUAAAUAAAAGUUCAGACCACAUUCACUCAGCCCAUCUAUCCUGGGUUUUGCCUGCGUUGCCAUUGUGUUUUUGGCGACAAUAUAAUUUAUUGUCUGGGUUGGACUAUUUGCUCAGCAGACACUGUAACUAAUGGUUUCUGGGCUGAUUAUAGCCCUUUACCACUGUAGAGCUGAACCAGGCUGGCUCAUUAUAGCCCGUUCCCACUGUAGAGCUGAACCAGGCUGACUCAUUAUAGCCCUUUCCCACUGUAGAGCUGAACCAGGCUGACUCAUUAUAGCCCUUUCCCACUGUCGAGCUGAACCAGGCUGGCUCAUUACCGCCCUUUUCCACUGUCGAGCUGAACCAGGGUGGCUCAUUAUAGCCCUUUCCCACUGUUGAGCUGAACCAGGCUGGCUCACUAGACAAAGGGUAGAGAUUUACCUUGAUGUGAAAAUAUUUCAUGUGAUUGAGAGAAGAUAAUUGAGAAGCCUCUGGAAAUUCCAUCGCUGUUCACUCUGUUUAGAGCUGCUUCAAGCGCAUUGUCUUUCAGCCAUAAAAGCUACCAUUGAGACUUCUUUGCAGAUGAAAACUGUCUGUGUUAAUCAAAAUCAUGCAGGAAAAGUAAAAUAAUAUUUUAAAAGAUUUCCAGAAAAUGAUGGGACAUUUUAAAAUUCCACCAUUAUAAACAAAUUGAGAUUGCACCUGAUCAAUGUAAAUUGACAAAUAUUCAGAACACAUUUUAAUAUCUUUCAUUUAACAUUUUUUAAUUUGGCAGUGUUUGACUUCCCCCUUCAUACUGUGUAUUUGUAUCUUCUGUUCUGUUUCUUUCUGUAUGAAUAAUGUCAUAAUAGUAUGAAAACAGUUUUGAAUAGAAUUGAUUAAUAAACUGCAGCAGCAUAUCCCUGAA